AUGUGUUUAUUUAAUAAAGGAUGUUUAUCUACACUUACAACUCCUAAGCAAAACCAGCUGUUCAUGAUUUAUGAGACUAAUAUCAUCCCUGGAGAGGGGUUAGGUAAUCAUAUCAAGUUGGGUGAAUCUAUGUAUACCAUAAUGAAGUACCUUGAUAAGUUUCAAUACAAGUUGCGGGUCAGUUACAGUGAUACCAACUUUUUAAAUGUUCCAAUUCUUAUUACUGUAUUAGAUUUGGGUAUUAGGUUGACGUUUGUUAAUCAAAAGGAUCAAGUAUUAGAUUUAAUUGAAGUAAUGGAAUUUGAUAGUAAGUUGAAAAAUCAAAAUCAUACUUCUAACAAAUUGCUUAAGUUGAUGUAUAAUGGAAUAAGUUUAAAUGAGAUUGAAAGUAGCAGUGGUUCUAAUAGCAAUAACAACAGUAAUAUCGAUAUUCAUGGCAGUUUGGGAACAGUUCCUUUGGAUUUGACUGGUUCAGCAUCCAAGAGUUCUUCAUCCAGUACUAUUUUAGAGACAUCGUCUGCUGCUUCAUUGUCAUCCAAUUCCACAUUUCAUACAUUAGUCUCGACUGGUCCAACUUUAAAAUCUAUUUAUAAUAAAAUAUUUGGCCCAACAUACCCUGGUAUUUUCAAUAAGGAAACCCAGACUUAUAUUUUAUCUUAUCCUGGGAUUUCCUUUAAAUUCAAGAUCAGAAAUGAAACCUUAUUAAAUAAGAUUGAAGCAGCCAAUGAUGAUCAAAUUUUAUCUAUAUUGCUUAAUUGGGAUGGUAAUUUGGAUCUUGUAUGCUCAACUAUAGCAUUACACAAAGGCAAGUCGUGGUCACAGUUUAAGUUACUGAAUAAUUCUUCUGCUGGUACAGGAGUUGAUCAACUUCAUCCAAGGCAAAUUAAUUCGAAGCCAGCAGUUUCAGGAUUAAAAUUUUAUUUAGAUACUGGUAAAAUCUUGGUGUCAAUGAAAAAUAAAGAAGGUGAUGGAAAAGGGGUGACAAUUGAAAUCAUUCUUGGUAAAACAACCCAACAAGAGGUUGUUAAUAUCUUGGGCCCUCCGGAUGACUAUUUUAAUAAAUUCGAUUCGAGGUUAUUGAUUCAUAAACACUUAUCUCUAAAUCAAGAUGAUGUAACUUACAACCUGGUGUCUGAUAAGUUGGAUUCUGAUAGUGAUUUAAGUCAUUUCAAAUUCCAUAAUUAUUUCAAAUAUGGUAUUGAUAUCCUUUACGAUUUGAAUAACAAUAAAUCAAACAAGGGUAAUACUGGAAUGAGUGCCACUGUGAAGAAGGUUAUUGCUCAUAAUGGUGGAUUAACUGAAAGUUUGAAUUUCAUGAAGUGGAAUAGAUGUUUCUGGGAAGUUUACACUACGAUUGAUGGUGAAGAAAUUAAAUUUGAUUCUUCCAUGUAUUUCAAAGACUUGCCUCCAAGGUUUCGUAACUUGACACCAGUUCUUCUUAACAGAAAUGAGUCUGAAUUUAUUGAUAAUGAGUUCGAUAUAAUCGAGCUUCCAAAUGCAACCGAAGAGGUCAAAGAGGAAGAGGACACUAAAUUUAGUGGUAAAGUGAAAACAUGGGGUCAGUCUAAGCUUUAUGGGUUUGAAAGAUGUAUAGUUGAGGCUAUUAAUUCAAAUGGCUGUAUUUCUUCAGUGACGGUCUAUUAA